GCUGCAAAUCAACAGGAAGUGAGGCCAAACCACAGUGCCGCCGUCAAGAAGCGCACGCGCCGGUUUCAACACGACUGGAGGAGUUGCGGCUCCCCCGAAGCACAACGCCUUCAUGACCUCACCGAGACGUACCAACCGCGCUGCAGGCUCAAGACAGAUCCCAACGUGCACAUGGCUGAAGGCGCCGCCUGGAUGGAAGUUGCUGACAAAACCACAAAAAAAGAUGACAAGACUUUAAAAGAUGAGGAGGAAGAAAGCCAAGAUGCUGACUGUCACGUGUUGGAGAUGUACGUAGAGGAUUCCCAACAGGCUGUCCUGCUGCCGACGGACUUCCCGGAGUUGCUGUAUGAGCUGCUGUGCACGUUGCAGGAGGGCCGGCGCCUCAACGACCAGCGCUGCUCCUUCCUCCUGGACGGUGGCAUGAGGAGGCGAUGCCACUCCGAGCCCAACGCCGCCAAGCCUUCGCAUAGGGUGAUCUUCUCGUCCAUGACGUCGCUGCAGCGUGAGGAGUUUUUCGAGCUGGUGACCAGGGUGCAGGCUCCCCGCCUGGAUGAGCAGCGGGCACAGCUGCGGAGGUCGCCACGGGGCAAGCAGAAAGGCCAAAGCUUCCCAGGGAGCCUCAGACAGCUCUCCUUGGCCAGGAGAGCGCCCAAGAUGGGCGCCAAGGAGGCGCUCUACGACAUGAUUCUCACCACGCAGGCUCAAGGCAGGCUGGAGGAGCAGCGCAGCCGGGCCCCGGGCCCCAUGGACGACGACGACUUUUUCUCCCUGCUGCUGAGGGUCCAGGGGGGCCGCAUGGACGAGCAGAGGACCGAACCGCUGCGCAUGCCGCAAACAUGACCGACCGACCGCCAGGAUGACAAGGGCAGAGCUUCAAUGUGAUUUUGCUUUUUACCGAGUUGCAAAGUAAAGGGAAAUCUACUUUCGGCAGUUUGCAAACACAUUUGAUUAAGGCUGCGUUAGACACAUAUAAUCAUAUCAAUAUAAUUUUUAGUAGUAGUGUGGAAAGGAAUGUGCAGACUACAUGAAUUAGUUUUCUUCAAAGUAUUGUGGAACAGGAUGUCCAGAAAGGGAGGAUAUCUCAAGGCCGAUGGGGAACGCGAAAAACAAUUCGUCUUUGUGGUCCAGACACCUGUGCUGAGCAGGGGAAAACCCAAACGAGGAGGAGAUGACUAUCGACCAAUCACCACACAAUAAUUUGCAUGCUUGAAUAUUCAUAUUGUGUUUCUUUAAAACUGGGCAACCCGGAAGAAUGUCUUGUCUUUCUGGUCACGAAGGCACACGAGUUUUUGUGUUAAGGACCCAAGGUCCAGGUGCCUGUAUUAGGUUGCUUUGUCAGGAUUAAACAAUUGGUAAAUUCGGUCUGAUUGAUCUACUGGUCUUCUCUUUGACAGAACGAACUCGUUAGGUGCGCCAGUGUGUGGAUUAGAACAUAGCAAUUCUUGUGUUAAGUGUUGAUCAUAGUUUGGAGUCAGAUCAAUAGCUAAAAUCCGUAUCCUAACAAAAGCUACUUGAAUGUCUGCUGGCGAGGCUUGCUUUUGGGUUGGUUGACAACUGGGAUUGUUCUCUGCUUCGCAAUUCAUUAAAGCAAAAGUGCACCCGA